AUGUCGAAUCAGUCAAGGUCUGCAUUGGGGUCUAGACCUGUCGAGGGAUCAUACAAUGUCAAAAAACGAUACACGACAGGCCUGAUCAUACCUCAUCACUUACUCUUGGCAUUUGGAGUUUGGCACGAAGACAGGCGGUUGCUACCUCUACUAGAACUAAGUCUACAUCUGGUCUCUUCAAAACCUUCCAAGUACUCGGAUUUUGAAGGCGGAAUUCGCAGAUGCGCAUAUCACUUGCAACUCAACAUCGCUUACAUAGUCUGGGCUUCAACAUACAUCACGUUGUCAAAUCAACUCAGCCUCCCAGACAUACAUCCAUCACCAGUGUAUUCCACUCGUCCAACCAGUUUCACUUCUCCUCGUGCAACGCCUUUCUGCAGCCCUUUCUGUUCCCGCCACCAGGCUCAUGCGGCAUGCUUCACAUCUCAACAACCGCUAUCGAUAGUGUCCAAGCCGCGUCUCUACCUAUCAGAUCUGGGAUCUAUCAUCGACUUCCCCCACAAUCCCGAUCCAAUCUGUGAGAUCGGGUUAUGAUCAACACUGUAACCUGCUGUGAUGCCGCCACAAGUUGCACAUUCAGGUCGGGUUACCGCUGCCGCAUCACCACUUCUCCACCCUGCCAUUGACAGCGCCCUGUCUCUUCUGCCAAUCACGCCGAUGCUAAGUAC